AUGUCCUACAACCCUGUGUCCGACCUCAAAGCGACCAACCUGGUUCCUGGUGUUUUUGUACCGGUACAAACCUAUGUGACACCCGAUUUUGAGGUGGUAGAUGAACGCCUGUUGGGAUAUACGGAGGAGAUUAAACCGCACCAGAAAGAGUUCACAGACGACUUCACACGCUCUAUGACGUGGGAACGAUCCAGCGCGUUUUUCGUUGACCUACACAGAAAAGUGUUUGCACCCGCUCAUUCGGAAUCAAAAGACGAGACCCGCAACAAGUACACCAAAUAUGGAGGUGUGGGCUAUAUCCUCGGCAACUCGCUUUCAGGUGCAUAUGUCCUAGGCAACGACGAGAAGGAGAAUAUCACGUUUUAUCCCGCUUUGACACCGGAAGGUGUGCGUAUUGACAUGCUCUUCUCCACAGGCAUGCUGAACAAGACACACAUGCUAUCCACAGCACCAUACGACCACGCCACCGCGCUGGCUAUAUGGGAGCGCAAGGGCCCGUAUUCCAAAUUGUCACCGUUGUUAGCAGAGCCCACUUCUGUGGGGUAUGGAACACCCAACCCGUAUCUACCAUGGAAGAUACCACCCUGCAAAGGCUUCCCAGACACUCCGCCGCUGCCACCCGCAGAACUAGAGUCGAAUAGGUAA